GGGUAUAAAGAGCCGGCGGAGAGCACCAGGCACAAGACUCUGCGCCACCAGGACUGGGCGACAAGACUCUCCUGGCCAGGAGCCUUGGGACUCCCCAUCCAGAGGCCAUGCUGCUGUGGCUGACCCUCGCCCUCCUGGGGAGCACCGGCUGCUGGGCAGGGCAGAUGUACGGGAUUGGGCAAGGCAAAUACUUCAGCACCUCUAGUGACUGCGAAAUCACCGGGAUCCGGGUGGCCACGAGUACCUUUGGCCUGAUGAAGAGUAUCCAGGUGAGAUGCGGGUCGUCCUGGAGCACAGUGUAUGGCACCUCCGGGGGGAACACCCAGGAAUUCAUCCUGCAGCCGGGAGAGUACAUCACUAUGAUCUCUGGCUCCUACAAGUUGUACAUGCACUCCCUGGUCAUAUACACACAUGUGGGUCGCUACGGCUUAUUUGGCAAGGAAAGUGACUUCAACUUCAUGGCCUACCCCGAUGAGGAGGGGCAGGUGCUCACGGGCAUCUGUGGCCAGCACAAGCUCUUAGGCAUCUCGGGCCUCUGCUUUAACUGGGGCUAUCCUCCAACCAACAUCACAGAGGUGUAUGCCUCCCUGUGAGCCAAGGGGGCCGAGAGGAGCCGAGUCUGGACCUCAGGCUGGAAUCUACCGAUUAAUAAAGCUUCUGCACGAACGGUG